AUGCGAGGUUCGAACUCGCGCGGACAUCGUCCAGCAGAUCUUAAGUCUGCCGCCUUAGACCACUCGGCCAACCCUCCAUUUUUCAAAGGCGAAACUAGCAAAUAUAAAUUUAAAUUGCAAAUAUCACGUGAUCGUCCACACGCCAUCAAUCAACUGGAAGGACCUCCUGGAGACUCUUCCCACUUCUACGCUUCAAAUAGUGCUUUAAAAGAACCGAAACCGCCAGAUAUUGGCCGAAAACGAAAAACCGACGUCGCACCCGAUGAUCUGAUGGACCUUGAUGGCGAGUCCUCAGAUGCCGUAGAAAACGACGAAUUGGAGCCAUCUUUCGUGACAGCAGGAUCAGUUAUUGCUGAUGACUCUUUUGAAGAUACCCAAGAAGCCUCAAAUGCCUUGAACACCUUGAACGAAGCGCCAGAAAUGUCGACUAUGGACAGCUUUGAAACCUCAGUUUCGAAAAAUUCUUCACAUCACGUGAUCGAGGAAGAACACGACACAGUUUUGGCUGCAAAAGGAGAUACUGUUAUGAUAUCUCCAAAUCCUACUUCCAGUAGCGAUUGGUCAAAGCCUACAUCCACCAAACACGAAUAUCAAAAACGGGCAAUCGAAUUGAGGAUUGAUCGGUUUGAGUACAAGGAUACCCAAUUAGACCCGUCCAAAGAGUUGUCUUUAAAAGAAAAGCUAGCGGUUAUUGAAGACCACUUUUCCCAUCUCCCCGAGAAAUUCUCUGAAACAGCUCUUCAGCUCGAAACCAAAUUGAAACAGGUAAGAGCAGCUAAAACAAAUUUCCUAGACUUACUCGCCAAGGCGACAGGUGAGGAUAAGGAUGCGAGACCACUGUACCUCAGAGCCAUACAUGAAAACGAGAUACAAGAAAGAGAUCUCAUGGUCCAAUUGACAAAGGAAAACACCCUUCGUGCUAUUGUUCCCUUGAUGAUGAUCAGACCACUCAGCAACUCUACUGCCUAUAUGUCCCUCAGUCCCAUUGAGGGACCUAAAACCUCAACCCAGGGACCCAGCCUUCUUAUGUCUCUUAAAAAAUUGUUAAGACAAGGUUAUGAAGGAUCAACUUCCGAUUACUAUUUCAAAUUGAGCAUGAUUCCCUCUAAACCUCUCGCAAACAUGUUUCUUGUCGGACUUGAACACCCAUCAGAUCACAAAAACCCAGAGAUGGCGAUCAGUGAAUUAUUCAAUAGAGGUUCCAUGCAAAUUACAUCGUCCCAUAACCUCAAUUUUUCAAAAUUCCCAUCAGACGUCUACUCAGUGGAAGAAAAAGUCAAGUAUGAGAUUCUCGUUGCCCAUUCAGAGCGCAUUCGCAAUACAUACUAUUUAGACAAAGACAAAGAAAAGAGUAAACUGUUCUACCUCAUUGCAACGGACUCUGGCAAAGUCCCUACUCGAAAGAAUGCAAAUCUUCCGAACUAUAGUCUCGAGAUCAUUUCGACUUUUAAAUUCUGCAGUUACUGUCACGAAAGUGAUCACCCAACCUUUAAAUGCACCAAAACGAACAAAAACCGCACGACGUACUAUCCACCUAGUACACCAAUGGUAGCUACUUACACUCUGAACAGAGAAAGUACUACAGACAAUGGCAGUAAAUUUCGUAAAGUACGGACAGGGGCCUUCACCGAAGUCACCAAGGGCGUAAAACCCCAGAAAAUCCAACAAACAAUAGUAAACAAUGGAUCAAAUUCAUUCAUGAACUUGCCUAUGGAAGAACCGCCCAGCUCAACCACGGACCCGACCAGCACCACGGCCUUUUCGCGUCAGCCAACAAGCCAUUGGGCAUGGUCGGCGGCGUUACUAUACGUCUGA